AUGACUGGCUGUAAGGUUUGCAUCAUCAUGAUUCGAGAGUUUGAUGAGCAGUUGGAUGGUCUGCUGUCUUUCCUGCACUCUGUGCCUGGUCUGAAGGAGGUCCAUAUGACUGUGUGGAGACUGACUGAAAGCUACGCUGCCAGAAUCCUCUCCCUCAUCCAGACCUGCCCCAGUCUACAAGACAUCAGUUUUAAAGCUGUUGAAUAUGAGGAAGGUUUAUUGCUGGAGGAGGGAAUCAGGUUACUGCAGCACUCUCAGAUACGUCCAGACUGCACUCUGACUGUUGAGGGGUUGAGAUGCACUAAACCCACUGACCAGUGCACUAAACUGAAGCACAGGAAACUCACCUGUAACCAGAGAGUGAAGCUACAGUUCUACCUGACCUCAGUGAGCAUCAAGUAUAAGGAGUUGGUCAGAUGUGUGUAUGCGUAUGUGACAGAGUAUAACUCCCUCCCUGGUGAAAAUGUGCUGCUGGCUGACCGCUACACUGAGCUGCUGAUCAUUCAGAGACACAGAGAACAGAGUGAAAGAGAGACAGAGAUUCGCUCCAGAGGAGAGCAGUUCUUCAGUGCAAGAGACAGUGAAAAGUACAGCAGCAUCACUGUGGACCAGUUUUUCUGUCCAGAUGAUCAUGGACUCAUUCCAAAAGCAGUUGUUCUCCAGGGAAACUCUGGAAAUGGCAAAUCCUUCACUGCUCUGAAGAUUAUGUUAGACUGGGCAUCUGGUAAAUUCUAUGCAGACAAUUUUGAUUUUAUUUUUCACCUGAAGUGUAAAGAGAUGAACCAAAUUUCUGGAGAGAAGAGUCUGGUGGAGCUCCUGAGAUACAGUCAGAGUUUAACACCAGCACAGAUCUCACAGAUAUUACAGCACUCACCAGAGAGAGUUCUCUUCCUCAUAGACGGCUUUGAUGAACUCAAACUCUCACAAGACAACAUGUCCAACCUGUCACUGCCCACUGAUAUCCAAACUCCAGCCUCACCUGUGUCCACUCUGAAAGCCCUGAUGAGUGGACACCUGCUGUCUGAGUCCUUCCUGCUGGUCACCACCAGGUCUACAGCCACAGACACACUGAGCAAGCUGCUCAAAAAACAACCCCAGCGUUUCACAGAGAUUAUGGGCUUCUCUGAGAGGGGGGUGGAGGAGUUCUUCCAGAGGUUCUUUAAAGAUGAUCAGCUCUUACAGACACAGGCAUAUGAGCAUGUGAAGGCAAAUGAAACCCUCUUCACUGCCUGCUUCAUUCCUGUGAUCUGCUGGAUCAUCUGCACAGUUUUCAGGGAGAGACACAAAGAUGGUAUAGUAUUAAAAAAUGAAUCAGAAUCAACCACCUCCAUAUAUGUUGACUUUGUGUCCACUCUGCUGGAUCACCACUGCCAGGGUUUGAGUCAGUCUGUCCCCAGCCUGCUGAGGAGUCUGGGCCAGCUGGCAGAGAGAGGGAUGGUGGAACAGCAAGUCCUGUUUGAUAAGAAAAGUGUAUCUGAAAUCGUCUCAGAUCCUGUUAACAUUCCAUUCCUGUGCAAAUUUCUCUUUAAGAGAAAAAUCCGCCAAGAGACAAUGUUCAGUUUCAUGCAUCUCAGCUUUCAGGAGUUCUUCACUGCUCUUUACUAUGUACUAAUGAGUGAAGAGGAGUCCCAGAAGGCAGUCAGAAAUCUUCUUCAAUCUUUAGACGGAGCACAGCAUGAACUGAAGAAAAAUGCUAAACUGCACCUCCUGCCAGUGAUCCAGUUUCUCUGUGGUCUGUCUAAUAAGGAAGUGAGCAACUCUCUCACAGAGGCAAACAACCUCCCUGUUUCUCCAACUAUAAAAGCACUGUUGAAGAAAUGGAUCCUGCCUUUCGAUAGAAGUAGGAACCAGCCUGCUUGGGGGAUUUUCAUUCUCCACUGUCUCUAUGAGCUCCAUGAUGAGGACUUUGUGAGGAAAGCUAUGGAGAGCUGGGGAAACAUUAAUCUUUCUUGUAUUCCCCUGAAGAGGACAGACUGUUGGGUGCUGCAGUACUGUCUACAAUUCUGUCCUCACAUCAGGAGACUCUUUCUCAAACGCUGUGGUCUGACACCAGAGAAACUGAAGAUUCUUCAGCCUGCAGUGUGCAGGAGUGAGAUGUUAGAGUUAGAGGUGGAGGACCUGUCAGAUGAUGAUGUUGGUGUUUUGGUCUCAGCUCUAGGACAUGGAAAGGACCUAAGGCAACUGAAACUCGUAAACAGCGUCCUGUCAGAUCACAGUGUGCAGCAGGUCCUCAGUUCUCUCAACAAACAAAGGUCAUUAGGUUUUGUUUCUCUCACGGUGAAGAUCAUCACUACCAGCACUGCUGUCAUGAUCACAGAGUUUUUCCGGGAUAAAACAAUAAUGAAGAAAAUGAGUGUUAUGGUGAAGAACAGUAUUGAGAGUCUCUGCUCGUCUCUCAGAGUGUCAGUCACACAAGGAGACUUUUGCUUGUCUUUAGGAGAAGCCGCAUGGAAUUCCUCAGAGAUCUCCAGCCCACAGACUGAGCCAUCACUCUCAGGAAUCAGUCUCACCUGUCCGCACUCCCAGAUAUCCAACAUCAACUGGAACAGAUUCAUCCAGAUCAUUUACAAAAUAAAAUUAUCCAAUGAAAAUUGUCCAGAGUUUGACGUGCAGUUCAAUGCUCUGCUGUCUUUCCUGAACUCUGUGCCUGGUCUGAAGGAGGUGGAUCUGACUGUGAACAGACUGACUGAGAGCUGGGCUGCCAGGAUCCUCUCCCUCAUCCAGACCUGCCCCAGUCUACAGGACAUCAGUGUUGAGGUGAAUAAGAACAGUGUUGAGAAUCUCUGCUCGUCUCUCAGAGUGUCAGUCACAAAUGGAGACUUCAGUUGUCCAGAGUUUGAUGAGCAGUUCGAUGCUCUGCUGUCUUUCCUGAACUCUGUGUCUGGUCUGAAGGAGGUGGAUCUGUAUGUGAACGGACUGACUGAGAGCUGGGCUGCCAGGAUCCUCUCUCUCAUCCAGACCUGCCCCAGUCUACAGGACAUCAGUUACUCCACAUGA